AUGUCACCCUCAGUGUUCUCGAGCAACGGCAAUGGCGGUACCGCGCGGCCGCUGACCCGGGGCAUCUACGUGCCGACCGUGGCCUUCUUCGACGCGGACACGGAUGAGCUCGACACCAAGACGACUGGACAACACGCUGUGCGCCUGGCCAAGGCGGGCGUGGCGGGCAUCGCCGUGCAAGGCUCCAACGGCGAAGCCGUCCACCUUCUGCACGAGGAGCGCAACGCGGUGACGCGGGCCACCCGUCAGGCGCUCGAUGCCGCGGGCUUCGCGGCGCUUCCGCUCAUCGUGGGAUGUGGCGCCCAGUCGACAUAUGAGGCCAUCAAGCUGUGUGCCGACGCCGCGGCCGCCGGCGGCGACUACGCGCUGAUCCUGCCGCCCAGCUACUACGAUGGGCUCUUUGACGGCUCGGCCACCGUUUUGAGCUUCUUCACGGCUGUAGCCGACGCCUCGCCCAUACCGGUCCUCAUCUACAACUACCCCGGCGCCACACCGGGCAUCGACCUGUGCUCCGACACGCUGGGCGCGCUCGCGCGGCACCCCAACAUUGCCGGCUGCAAGUUUACCUGCGGCAACACGGGCAAGUUGGGCCGCGUGGCGGCAGCAGCGCGGGUAGCGGGCGACGCAUUUGUGUGCUUUUCCGGCUCGGCCGACUUUACUCUGCCGGCACUGGCAGCGGGCGGUGCGGGCGUCAUUGGAGGCCUCGGCAACGUGGCCCCGCGCACGUGCGUGCGCGUCUUUGAUGUCGCCGAGAAGGAGGGCGUUCUGUCACCGGAGGCGACGCGCCUGCAGGAGAUUGUUGGCCGGGGCGACUGGGUGGCCAUCCAGACGGGUGUCGUGGGCGUCAAGGUGGCGCUCAACGAGUAUGCAGGAUACGGUGGUUUCUCCCGCAAGCCGCUGCCUCGACCAGACGCGGCCAAGACGAAGAAGAUUGUCGAAGGGCUCAAGGAGCUGAUGGAGCUGGAAAAUUCGUUGCAAGAUAAAGCGUAA